CCCUUGCUGGGUAAGGACACAUCUUUGAGGGGGCGUUGGGGUCCCUGAUUUCAUAUGCGCCCUGCUCGCCCUGCUCGCCCUGCUCGCCCUGCUCGCCGGCGGCCAGAUGAGAGACCAUGUGGAUGAUGCUGCGGAUCAGGUCUUUUCACCCCGAGACUUCGUCAGAGACCAUCUGAUAGCGUUGAUGAUUGGGCUCUACAUCGUCGGCUGGCUCGUUGGCCUGGCGCUGGGUGUCCGGACUGCUCAGCAGAAGCAUGCUGUGGCAGAUGCCAUCGAGCUAAUGGCGAAGAGCGAAGAAGAGGCCGAGAAUGAAGCCAAGCAGGCAACGAUCGACGAUCGCGCUGAGUUGGCGGCCCUGAAUGACUUUCAGCGUGUCUUUCGCAAAGACUUCGCCAUUGAGAUGUGGGCCAUCGCAUGUUUGUAUAUCCCCUUUCUGCAGCCGCUGGCCAAUGGCUUCAUCAUAGCAAAGUACUACUGUGAGCGGCGUUUUAGCGCAAUGGGCAGCGUGGCUGGCAUCCCUACGGGCAUUUGGCUCUUUGGACUUCUACUGAUCUCGAUUGUCUAUGUGAACUAUUUACUGCACCAGGUGCUGUACGACGAGUUUCGAGGAAAACGCCCGAGCUUCGACAGGGAACACUGGACACAGAUCCUUUCGGCCCCUCUCUGCUCGCAAUCCCUGUGGCUGGCAGGUUUUGCAAUGCAGAUGCACAACAAGCUUGUGUUGGGAGCAGUGAACCAUUACAAGCGAAGGCUCCGCAAAGCGUUGCCGCGCAAUGCCGAAGAGAUUCUUUCACAGAUCAGUGGUGAGGUCACGGAGUCAAGUCAGGCGACUGAAGGCAAUCGGACACGUCUUGAUCCCGUGGACAAGCAACGCAUGCAAUCGGCGCUGUGGGCGGCUCUCUACUUUGCCAUCUUGAUGGGCUCGUUUUGGAAGAGCGGACCGACCGGUCAAAUCGACCACAAUGUCGUGACAGGGACAGGGAGUUUCUGUCUGUCUCUGAUCGGUGCUGCGGGGAUCUAUAACUUGCUUUGCACAGUUCUCCCUGCCAUCGAAGCGGUGGAAGAAAACAAGACCUACUUGGAGCGUUUCAAGGGCAAAACGCUUGAAGGAGAUUCGGACCAGUCUGAGAUCUCCUUUGAUCGAACAGAUGGCCUGGAUCAUGGCACCUGGUGGGCCAUGUGGCAAUUCGUCCAUGCCGACAGCACAGAUGAGCAAUUGAUCCUCGAUGGAUUGAUUACGUUGACUGGCGUCUACUUGGCCUUUGACACAAUCAGCUUGGUUUUGCUUUGGUAUCUCGGCUUGAACGAUCUGCCAGUGAUGUGUCUUGGUGUCGUGUCUGUGCUGGGACACGGAGUUCUCUUUGUCACACUGUGCGAUGUGUGCAUCAACUUGAACCGCAUCUGCGACGAGAUCGUGGAUGCCUUUGACCACAACAUCCGAAAGGAGCUCAAGAGCAAGAAGCCAUUGUCUGAGAUCACCCAGAAGGUGGCCAUUUGGAGCCAAUGGCAGCAGCAACUUGUGAAGGAGGGCCCCAUCCACACGCUCGCCGGCCUGCCGAUGACACGCCAGCUCCGCAACCGGAUUUUAUUGUCCCUGCUGUCACCCAUCAUCAUCAAAGCCCUCGCAUGGGUCUACAACAAGCGACAGUUUGUUCUGGGUAUCAUAGGUGACCGGGAUCCGGACGCAGCUGACACUGAUAUAGACAAUAGCACUGAGAUGGCAAGGCCAGCGUUUUGACUAGCCGACUAACGUGCAGGAAGCGCAAAGCGCGAAGCGUGCACAGAGGAAAAUUGGCGGCUUGC